AUGGAGGCUUGGAAUCACUUGCAUGACAUAUUCCAAGAUAACAAAGACUCUCGUGCUGUCACCUUUGAGUAUGACUUCACUCAUGUCGACAUAGAAGAUUUUUCGAAUGUCUAUGCCUAUUGUCAACAUAUCAAAUCUCUGGCGGAUCAACUCAAGAAUGUCGUCUCCCCGAUUGCUAAAGAUCGACUAGUUCUUCAACUGGUCUCUGGACUUACAGAGCCCUACCAAGGUGUGGCCACUCUUAUUCACCAACGUGACUCAUUGACUCAAUUUUAUCAAGCCCGUCCGAUGCUCACUCCCGAGGAGGCUGGCCGUGCCAAGAAAGUGACCCAAAUCUCUUCCGCUACCUUAUUUACUCACUCAUCCGAGGGUCUUCCUGAUGUUCCUAAUAAUUUUUCUUCCAACCGCAAUUCUAAUGGUGGGAAGAAAAACCACAAUCGAAGCAAUAAUGGGAAAAAAUAUCGUGGCAACAAUGGUGAUCGUGGAGGUGGUAAAGGAGCUACUAUAAAUGGAAGUAAUGCAAGCCGUGGUGGUCAAUUGGGAGGUGGCAAUAACCGCGACACUGGGCAUCAGUCAGCGAGGCAAAGCCCUCCACCCUCUUCUCCAUGGGAUGGCGGGCAGUAG